AUGAUUGAAAAAGACACAGAGAUGUCUGAGGACGAUGGCAGUUCCCAUCCUAUGAAACACAAAUUCACAUUCUCCUAUGAUCCGAGUGAUGCCGCUAAGGUAGUCAGUAAAUCUGAGAACAUAAGCUCUUCAGAAGGCCAAACCAGUAAGGUUGAAAGCAGUUCUGAUGUGUACUUCCAACCAGCUGUUGCUAUUGCUGGAUCUUCUGAGGUAGAAGCAGCCAUGGCUGGUGAAUGGGAACAAUAUAUACUAUCUGGAAAUUCAGAAGAUUUGAGGCAGUCCCCUCUGAGUGAUACUGGUGAUAUUACUGACCAGGCAUUGAUGCUGACUUUGGACAGAACUUUAGAUUCUCACAGCCUUAAAAAGACUGUUCCAAAAGUAACUAAACCAAAGCAAAGUGUUUCAAAAGAAGCACCUACUGUUACUGGGUGUGGUCGGCAAUCAUCUGCUGCAGUAGUCGAAACGUCACAUAUUAAGCAGGCCUUUGAGACACCUGUGUUGUCAGAGGCACCUGCAUUGUCAGAUACCACUGUUCAUGAAGUGAAAAAGUCCACAGAGUCAUAUUUCCCUGAGGAUAUCCCAGAAGUAUCAAUCCAUCCCGAACAGGAUGAUAUGUCAUUGGUAACUAAUGUUGUGGAAGGUACUCCACUGCAGGCCAAACAAGACACUAUAUUAGUAGAAGGUAGUUUUACACACAUUUCGAGAGUAAGGUCCAUUUCCCCCAAAAGUGGACCAGAGGUUGUCUUACUAGAAGGUAGUAAUACACAAAUUUCGACCAAAGCGAAGACAGUCUCUCCAAAAAGUGCCCCUGAGCAUGGCCAGACCAUGUCUACUACACAGGAGGAGGACAAGGAAAUCUGUAUGAUUUCAGGAGAAACUGUUGAGGAAGCUGGCGUAAUUGACACCCAUGGUGACCUAAAACACUUUGUUCCCCUCUCAAGUGGAGCAGAGGUGCAGGAGUCACCAAAACUGGUCAGACCUGAGGCAGUUAAGGCAGUAAGGACUAGCCCUUCUCCAGAAAGUAUAGGACCUGGUGUGAUAGAUGAAAGUAUGAAAGAGGACAGUGAAAGUGCAUUUGUUAGUACUGGCAGUAGCUCCAUUCCUUGUGAGAAAGUCCCAGUGUCGGAGACCCCAGAUGAUGUUUCAGCGUCAGUCGGUAAUGAGGUUGUAAAGCCAAAAAGAUUCUCUGGCUCAUUUGCUGCUCCAGAAGUUCAGAGAUUGGACACUGAGUCUUCUGAUCGCGAGGACAUGACUCAUAUGAAUGAAAAUAUGUCUAUCUUUGAACGCUCAAAGGGUAGUGCAUUUGUCAGUGUUAGUGGGGCACGUAGUGAAAUUGUUAGUGAAAAAACUGCAGAGGUAAACGAGGAACAUGCUGAUGCUGAGAGUGGUGAGCCUUCAGAGGUUUCAAAAUCAGUGAUUAUUAAGUUCAAAGAAGAUGGUUUUACAGAUGAUCUUGCUGCACAAGGCUCACAACAGCAAGCAGAGGCUAAACCAGACAGUGCUUAUCUAAGUAUGGCUGACAGUCAAGGUGCGACAGGUUUAACCUCACUUGAAGAGGAGGCAGUGACCUUCAGUACUGUUUAUGACUACUACAACCCACCAACUGAGUGGGGCAGACCCUUAUCACCAGAGUCGGAGAUGUCCAUUGAGUGUGGUAGCACAUUUAGUGAGGAAUUAACAGAAAUCGAGCGGUUCUAUACGCCAGCUUCUUCAACUGAAAUUUCGCAGCUCCCGAAAUCUCCCGAAUCUUUCCACACUCCUGAAACUGAAACUCCAGCAGGUUAUAUGACCCCUAAUGAGUAUGCCUUCUCUCCUCUUGAACAUAAAAGAACAUCUACUGACUUCAGUGAGAGGUUAUUUUCUCCUGCUAAGUUCUUGAGGUCACCCGAUGAUGAGGGCAUUGAGACAACUCCCCCUGCAUUUAGCUUAGAGGAAGGAAUCUUCCUCUCAGAGCGUGCCCUUGGCCUUGGAGGACUACAGGAAAAAGUCCAGGGAAUCCCUCCGGCUUUCCUCAAACCUCUCACCAAAAGGAGAGUUUUUGAACAAGAUUCGUUAUCGUUUUACGCUGAGGUAUUUGGGUUGCCUUCACCUGAAGUGAAGUGGUUUAGAAACAAAACCCAGCUUGUUGCAGAAGAAAGAAUUACAAUGGAUAGAGAUGGUGACAAUAUCACACUUUUUAUUCAAAACAUUACGAAAGCUGAUCAAGGUGAAUAUAUUUGCGAAGCUGUUAACUAUGUAGGAGAGGCAAAAAGCGUUGCACUAGUUGUAGUUAUAUCCAACGAGGCCAGAUAUAUGCCCCCACCACCAGCAGUCACCCACCAGCAUGUGAUGGAGUUUGAUGUUGAAGAAGAUGAUGACUCAUCGAGGUCUUGCUCCCCUCAGGAGAUUCUAUUAGAGGUGGAGCUGGAUGAAAAUGAGGUUAAAGAGUUUGAGAGACAGGUGAAGAUAAUUACCGUCCCAGAAUACACAGCUGACAAUAAAAGUAUGAUAAUAUCACUCGAUGUUCUCCCGAGUAUGUACGAGGAGAGUGGAGUUGACUUUGUAACGCAAGAAAGGGAUGAUUUGAAAAUAGCUUUUGAGGUUACAGAAAUGCCACCACGCUUCAUCAACCCAAUUUGUGAUAUAGAAACCCCCGAAAAUACAACUGUAAUGUUUGAGUGUUCUCUGAUGGGAAUUCCCUCUCCCAUAGUAUCAUGGUUUAAAGGUAACAAAAAGAUCCCUCAUGAUAACAAGAAAUACUUGUACUCAUCUGAUGGAGACAAUCAUUUCCUAAAGAUCAGGAAAGCCAACGCUCAUGAUAGUGGAAUAUACACCUGCAGGGCCAUCAAUGUGGUUGGGGAAACUCUUUGCAGGGCAUCUCUUCUUGUGUUGAAUCCUAAAAGCUUUAUAGGGAAAACAAGAGGAAGAGAAUUGACAGCUGUGUCUCUUGGUAGUGCUAAAGUUCAGCCUCAAAAGUUUGACUUGGUUGUUGGGAAUGAGUUUGACGGUGAGCAGGCAUCAGAAAUAGAGCUGGAAUUUGAAUUUGAGCAGGAAGCUGAUGAAUCACAAAAGGCUGUUAGACUCGUAGCCAUGACAGACAAUGAGAUGAGCGAGCAGGGAGAGAAAUAUGUCAGUAUAAAUUUUGAUGUUUUCGCAGAGCCCGCCAAAGAUGAUAAAAUAGAAUUCAAAGGAAAGUCAUCGGAAUUGUGUAGUUUCCAGUUUCAAAUGACUGAAACUCCACCAAAAUGCAUUGUUCCUUUGACAAACGUCACUGCAGCAGUAGGAACUCCAGUGGUCCUCCAGUGUUUAGUUAAUGGUAAACCUCAUCCCACUGCUGAAUGGUACAAAGACGGGGAUCCAGUGAAAGAAACUAGGUACAUGAUCCAAGAGAAAGCAUCUGGACAUUUUAAUUUGAUCAUAACAAAUGUCACUAAAAAUGAUGCUGGAGAGUACAAGUGUCUCAUCCAAAAUAAAUCUGGAUAUACUGAAACAACUGCUUUGUUGAAAGUGUUCUAAUCUCUUCGUGCAAUUUGUUUUCAUGAGGAUGUUGAACUCAAUUAAGCAAUUGUAUGUUCGAAAAGUAGCUUUUGUUAAUUAUUCUGAGAUACACGCGAAAGGUUUUCUGAAAUUAGGUGUAGAUCUUAUUUACUGUGUAUAGUGUGUAAUUACUUCACACAUAAGAGUAAUUAUAAAUGUUAUAUAAUCAUGUUUGGUAUGUUUGAAUGUUGAAUGUUUGCGUUUUAAAAUAGUAAAACAAAAGUUAAUGCUUAUAGUUUUAUUUAGCGUGACAACGUGUAUGAAUACUUACCACCCAUGUGUAAUCAAAACAUUGUUAUCAAGACAUUCGUGUUAGGCCCAAAAUGUCCAAUGUUUUAAUAUUUCAAAUUAAUCAUAUAAUUGAAUAUAUAGUCAUACAUAAUAUAACAAAUACAAAACACUCUGGGGCUCAUCUAAUUGAUCACUGGGGAUUUCUCAGACCCAGAUCAAGCGAACUCCUGAAAGAAAAAGCAUGCUCAAUGGAGAACUGGGGAUCCAAUUCCCAGUGUGGAGUGUUGAAGUUGGAAUUUACAUUGAAUCGAAUCAAUCAAAUCAAAUUUAUUUAUAUAGCCCUUCGUGCAUCAGCUGAUAUCUCAAAGUGCUGUACAGAAACCCAGCCUAAAACCCCAAACAGCAAGCAAUGCAGGUGUAGAAGCACAUUAGGGUAAACAGCAUGACUGUCCGCCCCAGCACCUUUGUUAUAGUUUUUAUUUUGUGGCCGAAAUGGAGGUGAGGUGUGUAAAGCAGUGUGGUAAAAACAAUAGUUAUAGGUCACAUUCUGCUGUUCUAUCGCGUGUGCACUGAUGUCAGGAAAAACAGUGGCCGUUGUUUUCAGUAACGUUGUUGUUGUAAUAUCCCAAACGGAUGUGGCUGUUUCACCAUUAAGGGUUCCAGCUUUAAGAAGUGCAUGUAAAAUUAUCAAUUAUCAAUGCAACCAUGAUAGUUCCAUCUUAACAUGAUGCUGUACAAUAAGUGAUGUGCAGAAUUUAAACAUUUUCUUUGUGAAUGAGUUUCUGAUAAAAUUUUGUUUCUUUUGGUUAAUGAUUUAAAAAAAUAUAUAUAUUGUACACAAAAAAAUGCAAUAUCGAACACAAUUUUAAUCUAAUAUUGAAUGUACUAUUGUAGAGUUUAUUUUUUCAUUAGGACUACAGUGGCAAAGUACAUCCAUUCAAAAUAAAGCCUUGGGUUGGCUGUAAAAUUACAUUUUUAAAAAGGAUAUGUUCAUUAUAUACAUUAUAUGUGCUGUAAAUAUGUGUUUCAGUGUAUGUUUGAGGCAAUUGUAUUCUUAAUGAAUACUGUAUAUUUGGGCUUAUAAAAGAUUUACCAAUUUGACUGAUCUCAAAAAAGUAUGACAGAGUAUUCAUUUGGAAAUGGGGGUAAUUGAAAUUCAUGAUUUGUUUGUACAUAAAUCACUUCAGUUUGUC